GGAAGCCCAUCCCCGACUCAAGACCCCCGGCACACACCUCAGGAGCCACACGGACACCACUUUCCCAUCCUUUAAUCACCGUUACCAGAACUUCAAGCGUUUAAUCCGUGGAGAUUUCUAACUUGCAGCGGCUGAUUCGUGCGCAGCGUCUUUUCAUUUUUUUUGGGUGAAGUUGAUCUUAACGAUGGCCAACUCCGGUAUCCAGCUGCUGGGAUUCUUCCUGUCUCUCAUUGGCAUCGUGGGGCUGAUCAUCGGGACCGUUCUGCCGCAGUGGAAGAUGUCCGCGUACAUCGGGGACAACAUCAUCACAGCUGUGGCCAUGUACAAGGGACUGUGGAUGUCCUGCGCCUUCCAGAGCACCGGGCAGCUCCAGUGCAAAAUCUAUGACUCCAUCCUGCAGCUGGACAGUUCGCUUCAGGCCACUCGUGCCUUGAUGAUAGUUGGCAUCAUCGUGUCAAUCGCAGGGUUGGGCGUGGCCUGCAUGGGAAUGAAGUGCACCACCUGUGGAGGGAACAACAAACUGCGCAAGUCCCGCAUCGCCAUGACAGGGGGCAUCAUCCUCCUAGUGGGCGGGCUUUGUGCCAUCGUAGCGUGCUCCUGGUUUGCUCAUAAUGUCAUCAGAGCUUUCUACAACCCCUACACUCCUGUCAACACCAAGUUCGAGUUUGGCGCAGCCAUCUUCAUCGCGUGGGGCGGCUCCCUCCUGGACGUCCUCGGCGGGGCCAUGUUGGCCGCUUCCUGUCCGAGAAAGAAGCAGGUAUCCAAAUAUCCAUCCAUGGCCAGUUCCCGCUCCGGUGCUCAGAGCGGCACGAAAGAAUAUGUCUGAGAGCGCCCCCUGUCCCUUUCUCUGCCUGGGACUCAGACAAAUAAGCCCCCCCCCCCCCACACACACACAUUGUUGCAGCGUCAGCGAGGAGUAAAAGUGAAGUUGUGAAGCGCAGAUGCAAAGCGUUACAGAAAUGGGACUUUUAUUUGACUUUCCAUUCAGGCCUUUGAUAACCCCCUGAUUAUCACGCAGCAAUCUCACUUAUUUCACAAACAAUGUCUCACACCCCGUCCACACAUUCUACAAUUGUUUACAAGUGGGCCUCACAAACACAUUAUAAUUGGAUCCCCUGACUUAAUAGACAACCCUCAGGGUGGAACCUCUAGUAGCCUAAAGUGUGGAUUAUAGCCAACACUUGCACGUCCGUGUCAGAACCAGCCUCUCUUAGCGUUUGCCAUGUAAUUGAAAGUAAUCAAUUCCAGUUUGGUGCUCGGGCUGUGAAUCAGGGGGUCUGUACAACAGAGACGCAGGCUGACAAUACAGUGUUUUAUAUUAACUGGUGGUGGUUCCGAAAUAGCUUUUGCGAUGAGCAGGGUGUGACUUCACACACAGGGCUCACUCUGUAGGGUGAGUGGAUCACACAGGCCUUUUACGACAACACUCACUACAGGCUCCGCACCUCAUCAUACCAGUCUGUUACAAACCCUGCUCAGCGACAAAAUAUUUCAUCCUGUAGUCACCACCGCUCUCGUAGCUUCCAUAUCCGCCACCAUGAGAAUAAACUGCCUCUAUUUAUUUUGUAGUUUUUUGGCUCAUGUGUAGAUUUGCAUAAUUAGUAGUUCACUGUGGCCCUUUUGUAGCUUUCAUAUUUUUAUUAAGAUGUUUUAUGCUCUGAAAAGUGUCUGCUGUUUUUUUAAUGUCAAAGUUUUAUACACUUGGCUCAUCCAGCAGGUAAUGAUGUCAUGGAAAAAUGAAUAAACGAACAUUUUUAACAUGUACAGCAGAACUUAUAUAAUAAAGACAUUGCAACAUUGGUAAUUGAGUUGUGGUCAUAGAAAUAUAAAGUCGCUUCUAAAUAUAGGAAUGAAAACUCAUUUCAAUUCUCUAGAUCUGGAUUUGUAUUUGGAUCGCCACAAAAUUGCACACACUCUAAAUACGCCUGUGUUGAAAUGCUGAAGAACGCCUUAUACCUGGAUCCGCCCCCUGAUCCGUAUCCACACCAAAGUUUAAUGGCUUCUUCCUUGGGUCAUAACACACCGUUCCACAAAAUGUCAUGGAACUCAGCUAAGUAGUUUUUGUGUGAUCCUGAUCACAACCAGACAAAAUAUUAUCUCCUUGGGGGAAGUAUCACACAUUUACUUACGUCUUGGUUGUUUGACACCAGAGGGCUACUGAAGGCAGUGAGCUCCUCGUUAAUGUAUAUAACUUAGAAAUAAUUAAUUACUUAACAACUUACACUAAUGUGAUGUGGAGGCUUGAAUCCACUGCUGAGAGUGGACUUCUCAGACAGUUUGGGUCUAGUUGUUUUAAUAGAUUCUGGAUUUUAUUUGACAGACAUUGACUGUAUUCGUUUAAUUCAGUGUAAAUGCUACAAAAUGGAGUAAACUACUUUUAUUUAAAGUAUUUAAAGUUGUAUUCUGUAAAUGAAUAUAACAGGAAAUUAAAGAUUUGCUGAAAUG